AUAUAGUUUUUUUGAGACAUACUUGCCAGUCGGCGUAGGAGAACACUGGCGUAAUCGAACAGGUUUUGUUAUUGUAUAACAUGAGAUCGGAUAGUAAAGAAGAUAAUGCAACAUCUAUUGAAGCCUGUAUUCCGUCCGAAAGUGAUAUAUGCUCUCAUAAACAUGCUUCUUUUCCAGUAAAUCUCCAAGGCAAAGACAAGGUGGAUCUUAGUGAUUUCGAAUUACUCAAAGUACUUGGUACAGGAGCUUAUGGAAAAGUCUUCCUUGUACGAAAAGUAGGAGGACCAGAUAAUGGAAAAUUGUACGCAAUGAAAGUACUAAAGAAGGCAGUAAUUGUAGCCAAGACAAAGACGACUGAACAUACAAAAACAGAACGCCAAGUAUUAGAAGCAAUUCGACAGAGUCCUUUUUUAGUUACCUUGCACUACGCUUUUCAAACGGAUACAAAACUACAUUUAAUACUAGAUUAUGUAAAUGGAGGAGAAUUGUUCACGCAUCUUUAUCAACGUGAAAAAUUCACGGAGAAGCAAGUGAGAAUUUAUAUAGCCGAGAUAGCUUUAGCUCUGCAUACUUUACAUAAGUUAGGCAUUAUUUAUCGCGACAUAAAAUUAGAAAAUAUCCUGCUGGAUUCUGAAGGACAUAUAGUUCUUACAGACUUUGGUUUAAGCAAAGAGUUUCUACCUCAUGAAAAAGAUCAGAAAGCCUACUCAUUUUGUGGCACUAUUGAAUACAUGGCGCCGGAAGUUGUUAAAGGAGGGCAUGGUCACGGUUAUGCUGUAGACUGGUGGUCGCUUGGAGUUUUGACGUAUGAAUUGUUAACAGGAGCCUCUCCUUUUACAGUAGAAGGAGAGAGAAAUCAACAAAGCGAUAUUUCAAAACGUAUUCUAAACGCAAGACCCCCGAUGAACUCUCCUUAUUUCACGGAAGGAGCCAAGAACUUUAUCCAAUCACUUCUAGUCGUCGACCCCCCAAAACGUUUAGGAGCCAAAAAUUUCCAGGACCUCAAAAACCAUUACUUCUUUAAAGGUUUAAAUUGGGAAGAUUUAGCUGCUAAACGAAUCCCAGCUCCGUUUAAGCCAAAAAUUGUUGGAGAAACGGAUACAAGCAAUUUUAGCGAAGAAUUUACCAGUCAACCUGCAGCUUAUUCUCCUGAUAUUGCCCCAGUCGAUACUGAUAGAGUAUUUAAGGGUUACUCAUACGUUGCGCCAUCUGUCCUUUUCAGUGAAAAUCAUGCCAUGUCUGAUCUCUUGAUGCCUGCUUCAGCAGAACGCAGGCCUAAUGACAAGAACAUCUGCUUAGCUAAUCGAUUUGGAAAUUCGAUUUUUUUCCAAAAGUACGAUAUUAAUCUAUCAGAAGAAAUCCUCGGAGAUGGAACAUACAGUGUAUGCCGAAAAUGCAAAAAUAAGCAAACGGGUAGAGAGUAUGCCGUAAAAAUCGUUUCAAAACGAUUCGAUACAUCCAGGGAGGUGGAAUUAUUAAAACUAUGCCAAGGCCAUCCGAAUAUAGUUAAAUUGAUUGAAGUUUACCACGAUCAACUACACACGUAUAUUGUACUAGAGUUUCUUCGUGGAGGUGAACUUCUGCAUCGUAUUCGAAAGAGAAAGUCUUUCACAGAACAAGAGGCUUCAGAUAUUAUGCGUAAACUUAUUUCCGCCGUUCAAUAUAUUCACGAACGAGGUGUUGUCCACCGAGAUUUAAAACCUGAAAAUCUUCUGUACGAAAGCGACCGAGAAGAUGCCGAAGUAAAAAUCGUCGAUUUCGGUUUCGCUCGAGUUAAACCCCAAAACGGUGGUAUGACCACACCCUGUUUUACAUUACAUUAUGCUGCUCCAGAGGUUCUGAAAAGAGCAACUGAAAAGAGCGGUGCUUACGACGAAUCAUGUGAUUUAUGGAGUUUAGGUGUUAUUCUAUAUACUAUGCUCUCUGGCAGAGCACCUUUUCAAUCAAGAUCUCGGGAUAAUAGUGCUUCCUUAAUUAUGGAAAAGAUAACCGGUGGUGAAUUUUCAAUUCGAGGAGCUGAAUGGAGUAAAGUCUCCAGAGCAGCGAAGCACCUAAUUCAAGGGCUUCUCACUGUCAAUCCCAAGCAUCGUUUAACAAUGGAAGACUUACGAAAAAAUAAGUGGAUCAAUAGUCGAUCCACAUCAAACCGACCCAAACCGCUUUCUACGCCAAAUGUGUUGGUAAAUGGUGAUAAAAUAGAAACUGUAAGGACCCAAAUUACAGCCACUAUGGAUGCUUUCCAUCGUGCUCACGAAGCAGGCUUCCGUUUACAAGACGUCACCUUUGCGAGACUGGCUCAAAGAAGAGCAGCCAAAAAGAGCUCAUCUACCGAUAGUUCACUCAGUUCUCAAUCGUCAUCGUCCAAUGGCACAACAGCCGCAUCCGUAAAGUCUUCUUCCUCUUCAUCCACUUCUUCCUCGUUGGCCAGUCUAGGUUUUACACCAACCAGCCAACCCUCUGUGUUCAGCUUUAAAGAGUCUCAAAUUGCAUCACUGAGUCGGACGCUUACGCCACCCAUCUCGGCUCAGAAGCGCAAGUUCGAAGAGGAAGAGGACAAUGACGAAAUCGUUGUCAUCGAACAGCCAGUACAACAACGGGCGAAUAAGCGCCUAAAGCGCGGUGAUACUAUAGUCCUAGACUAG